GUGUGGGCCACGCGCCGUCGCUUCAUGCGUACCAAAGUGGUCACCGUGGCAUGACAACUGUUGUUCUGCCUUUUGGCUCUACCGUAACAAAGAGGACACGUGUCGUAUCUUCACAGUUUACGUCGUGCUCUCUCUCUCUCUCCCUCCCGCCAAUAUCUCUCUCCCUCUGGUCUCUUCUCUCUAAUCUUUCUCUCUCAAUCAAACUAAUUCGUGAUUCUGAUUUAUCAUACAUCAAACAUGGAUUUGGGUAUUUGAUUUUGAUCCGUAAAGGUUGAUUUUUUUUUUUUAUCAUUGAAAAUUUUGUUUUUGGGAGAGUUUUUUUUGUGUUGUGAGAGAUGGCGAUGAAUUCGAAGAGGAAAACACCACCUGGGAUUGCGCUUCUCAGGAGAGUCAGAGGAAGAAAUUGGAGUCCAAAGACGUUCCGGUACGCAAUUUUGUUGAUUACUUUCAUCGCGUAUGCUUGUUACCAUGCUUCUCGUAAACCAAGCAGCAUAGUGAAAAGCGUUUUACACCCAGACUCGAGCACUAAGCCACCUCAAGAACACAACAGCAACAAAGUUUAUCCUUGGCCUAUGGGCAACGUGUUUGUGAAGAGAGAAAUUGAUGAGGUUUUGUUGCAUCGUAACUCUAAAGGAUGGGAACCGUUUAAUGGGAAAGAUGGGACGUCUAGGUUGGGAGAGAUUGAUGUGGCGUUUCUUGCUUGUUACUCUAUAGGAAUGUAUGUUGCUGGACAUUUGGGUGAUAGUUUGGAUCUGAGAUUGUUUCUCACUUGGGGAAUGAUUGGGAGUGGGUUUUUUAUGUUCUUGUACUGGUUACCUUUUUAUCUCAGCCAAACAACUAUUGGUGGAGAGUACGUGUCUGUGAAAACAGCAGGAAAUCUUUCCACACUAUUUGAUGUUGGAGGCAUUGUAGGAGGGAUUCUUUGUGGUUACAUUUCAGACAAAUUCAAAGCAAGGGCUACAACUGCAGCAGCAUUCAUGUAUGCUGCGAUUCCGGCAAUGCUUGUGUACCAUUCCUAUGGAGGUGUCUCUCAGACAGUCAACAUCCUCCUCAUGAUGGUUGCUGGUUUGUUUGUCAAUGGUCCUUAUGCACUCAUCACAACCGCAGUCUCAGCAGAUCUUGGAACCCACAAAUCUUUACAAGGCGAUUCAAGGGCGCUUGCGACUGUGACUGCAAUUAUUGAUGGUACUGGAUCCGCUGGUGCGGCUUUGGGUCCGCUUUUGACAGGGUUUCUUUCCACUUUGGGUUGGGAAGCUGUGUUCUAUAUGUUGGUCGUUGGAGCUCUUUGUGCUGGCUUGCUUUUGACCCGUCUGGUAAUUGCUGAAAUUAGAGAGAAACUUGGAUAUGUUGAUGAAGUUCCUGCGUCUGAACCACUGUUAACCGACAGAAGAUGAUGGAGAAGACAGCAGCGAGAGUCAGUGUGAACGGAAUCCAUUGUUUGCUCAAGAGUUUUGUUCUGUUAUAUAACUAUGAGUUUGCCAGAGGAUCUCACAGUUCGUUGUAUUCUAUGUUUUGUCAGAUAUUGUGAUUUUUUUUUCAUCUCACAACAAAUGAAGGAAUUGGCUUACAGCUUUCUUCCUCUA